UUUAAAUCACCUACUCAUUCAUUACAUGUUUUUCUGUUCCAGGCUCUGUUGAUUAUAUGUGGAGUUUAACAUGGAUAGUACAAAAAACAUGGAACCCAAUGUGCAUGAAUCCAGUAAGACGUCACUUGUCAAAUCAGAACACAGCCAUGCUAAAAAAUUGUAUACAAUGGACUCGAUACCCCAAGAGCCAAGAAAAGAGGGUGAAACAUGGUGUACGGCAAGAGGAAAAAAAAUUGUUUGUAUUGUCUCCAUUGCCUUUGGGCUCAUAGGAGCAGCCAUCAUUAUCGCAGUGCUGUGCUCAAAUUACGCUUCAAUGCCAGUUACAAGAUCAGACUGUGAAAAAGAAUGUGGAACCAAUGGAACCUGUGUCCUUUCGGCCCAGUGGUGCGAUGGGGUAUCUGAUUGCCCUAAUGGAGAAGAUGAGACAUCCUGUGUACAAACAAGAGCUUGUCAGAUGCUUUGUGGAAGCUCUGGAGUCUGUGUCCUUUAUUCCCAGUGGUGCGAUGGCAUUCCCCAGUGUCCUAAUGGAACAGAUGAACAAACCUGUGUUCGACUGUAUGGACCCAACUUCCAACUACAGGCCUAUUCUCCUGCAAAAGCAACAUGGCUGCCGGUCUGCUAUGAUGAAUGGAGUGACAACAGUGGGAAGAUUGCCUGCCAGGACAUUGGAUACAGCAUGAGCUCCUAUUACCAAAGCAGUCAAUUGUUGGCCUCCUCAAGUAAUGGAUAUUUCGUGCUCCAAUCCAGUAAUGUGACUGGCAAGAUGUACACAAAUCUUAAUUACAGUGCUACCUGUGCCUCUGGGAAUAUGGUUUCAUUGCGCUGUAUAAGUUGUGGUUUAUCUACAAAAGUGGACAGCAGGAUAGUAGGGGGCACACCUGCUUCAGUGGGAGACUGGCCGUGGCAAGUGGAACUUCUGAAGCUAGUCGGUACUAGCAUUUAUUUAUGCGGUGGAUCCAUCAUCACACCACACUGGAUAGUGACUGCUGCUCACUGUGUAUAUGGGUCUACUUCUACUCCUUCUGCCUUUAAAGUGUUUGCUGGAUCACUGACUAUACAGAGUUAUUACUCUGCUGGCUAUACAGUGGAGAGAGCGCUCGUGCAUCCCAGCUAUUCAUCCUACACACAAAUCUAUGAUGUUGCUCUGCUGAAGCUCACAGCUGCACUGGUAUUUACUACCAAUCUCAGACCUGUAUGCUUACCCAACGUUGGGAUGCCCUGGGCAGAGGGACAACCAUGUUGGAUAUCCGGAUGGGGAACUACAGCAGAGGGAGGCAGUAUUUCCAAAAAUCUAAUGGCUGCUUCAGUGCCUAUUAUCUCCUCCACUACAUGUAACCAAGCCGCUGUGUAUGGUGGAGCCAUUAGUUCUACUAUGAUGUGUGCUGGGUAUCUCAGCGGCGGAACAGACACUUGCCAGGGUGACAGCGGUGGCCCUCUGGUUACCAAAACCAACUCCUUGUGGUGGCUUGUUGGUGACACAAGCUGGGGAUAUGGAUGUGCCAGGGCCUAUAAACCUGGAGUGUAUGGGAAUGUUACAGUCUUCAUCGAAUGGAUAUACUCACAGAUGCAGACAUAUGGAGGAUGAAAUGAACAUCAUCGACAGAAGGCAAGAAGUCACCAUGAAUAAUGGCUAACUUAAUAUGUCCCUGUGCUUUUUAAAGGAAUGAAUUAAA